GCGGUCUCGGAGCUUGGGGAGACGUGUAGAGGCUGGGUUCGGCCUUCGGUGAACUCUCACCCCGGCGCAUGGGUUUCUCUUUCCGGGAUAAGAUGGCGCCGUCCACACCGCUGUUGACAGUCCGAGGAUCAGAAGGACUGUACAUGGUGAAUGGACCACCACACUUUACAGAAAGCACAGUGCUUCCAAGGGAAUCUGGAAAAAAUUGCAAAGUCUACACUUUUAGUAAGGAUGGGACAUUGUUUGCCUGGAACAAUGGAGAAAAAGUAAAUAUAAUCAAUGUCACUAACAAGGGACUACUGCACUCCUUCGACCUCCCAAAAGCAGUUUGCCUUGAAUUCUCGCCAAAUAACACUGUCCUGGCAACGUGGCAGCCUUACACGACUUCUAAAGAUGGCACAGCUGGGGUACCCAACCUGCAGCUUUAUGACGUGAAAACUGGAACAUGUUUGAAAUCUUUCAUACAGAAAAAAAUGCAAAACUGGUGUCCUUCCUGGUCAGAUGAUGAAGUUAUCUGUGCGCGGAAUGUUAACAAUGAAAUUCACUUCUUUGAAAACAACAAUUUUAACACAAUUGCAAAUAAAUUACAUUUGCAAAAAGUUAAUGACUUUAAUUUAUCACCUGGAAGCCAACCUUAUAAGGUGGCAGUCUAUGUCCCAGGAAGUAAAGGUGCGCCUUCAUUUGUUAGACUGUAUCAGUACCCCAACUUUGCUGGACCUCAUGCAGCCCUGGCCAAUAAAAGCUUCUUUAAAGCUGAUAAGGUUACGAUGCUUUGGAAUAAGAAAGCUACUGCUGUGCUGGUAAUCGCUAGUACAGAGGUUGACAAGACAGGAGCUUCCUACUAUGGAGAACAAACUCUGCACUACAUUGCCACAAAUGGAGAGAGUGCUGUAGUACAAUUACCAAAAAAUGGCCCAAUUUAUGAUGUUGUUUGGAAUUCUAGCUCUACUGAGUUUUGUGCUGUUUAUGGUUUUAUGCCUGCGAAAGCGACGGUUUUCAACCUGAAGUGUGAUCCUGUGUUUGAUUUCGGGACUGGUCCUCGCAAUGCAGCCUACUAUAGCCCUCAUGGACAUAUAUUAGUACUGGCUGGAUUUGGAAAUCUUCGGGGACAAAUGGAAGUGUGGGAUGUUAAAAACUAUAAACUGAUUUCUAAACCAGUGGCUUCUGAUUCUACGUAUUUUGCCUGGUGCCCAGAUGGUGAACAUAUUUUAACUGCUACAUGUGCUCCCAGGUUACGUGUCAAUAAUGGGUUUAAGAUUUGGCAUUAUACUGGCUCUGUCUUGCAUAAGUAUGAUGUGCCAUCAAAUGGAGAAUUAUGGCAGGUCUCUUGGCAGCCAUUUUUGGAUGGAGUAUUUCCAGCAAAAACAAUAAAGUACCAAGCAGUGCCAAGUGAAGUACCUAGUGAGGAACCUAAAGUUACAACAGCUUAUAGACCUCCAGCCUUAAGAAAUAAACCAGUCACCAAUUCCAAACUGCAUGAAGAUGAACCUCCCCAGAAUAUGAAACCACAUUCAGGAAGUGACAAGCCGUUAUCAAAAACAGCCCUUAAAAAUCAAAGGAAGCAUGAAGCUAAAAAAGCUGCAAAACAGGAAGCAAGAAGUGAUGUGGCUCCUACUCCUGUCCCUCAGAGUGCACCACGGAACACUAUCGCCCAGUCUGCUUCAGGAGAUCCUGAAGUAGACAAAAAAAUUAAGAAUCUUAAGAAGGUGAGAUUGGAGAAAAUUCAAAAAGAGACAGCCCUUCUCCAGGAGCUUGAAGACUUGGAAUUGGGAGUGUGAAGAUUCACAGAAAGCAAUUUGUUGGCAGGAAACAUGUUUGUUAAUCCCAUGGUGUUGAUGGAAUCUCUACAUGCCCACCUUUAACAUCAGUCUGUAUUGUUAACUGUUUAUCCAAGACUGCAUAUGUGAUUAUUUAAUGAUGUCUAUCAAGUUGACUUUGACAUCUACAUCCUGUAUCAUGUCAGUAUGUGAUAAAGAGAGAUGGUUUCUUUAAGAUGAGCUUGACAAAUUGACAGACAUUUUUUUAAAAUAGAUAACAGAAUUUCCUAUAUAAAUAAAUAAAGACAUUUUAAAUUUAUUUUUGCCUUCAAGUUAAGAAAGUUCUUUAUUAUAAAUUUACAGAAUAUAUUAUUCUUACAACAAAAUAUGAAGUGUAUGUUGCUAUCAUGUCUAUUUUAUAAGUAAAGAAACUUAAGUCCAGAAAGUAAGAAAUCUUUAGGGGCUGGAGAGAUGGCUGCUCAGAUAAGGACACUGGAUCCAAGUUAGAGUUCCAGCACCACCUGCAGCCAUGUCUGUAACUCCAGUUCCAGGGGAUCUGAUGCCUCCUUCUGGCCUCCACAGGCACCAGGCAUGUACAGUUAUACAUGCAGGCAAAACACCCAUACACUUAAAAUAAAAAUAAAUAUUUUAAAAAGAAAGCAACCUGGUAGUGUGUGGGAAGUAGAGUUGAACAGAAGUACUCUGACUCCAGAGCGCAUGCGCUAGGUUCCUGUGGCACACUUCUGGUGUCCCGAGGGCAGUGACUGUCUGGUCCCAAACUGUGCUCACUCUUACUUUUAUAAACACUGAUAAUUUAUUCAUCCAUCAGUAAAGUUAUUCACCUUUAUUGGUAUUGACUGUAAAAGGGCCUUUGAAUUUUUGCCAGAUUAAUAAACUAAAAAUGAUAUUUUUUUGUUAUUGGUUACAUCUAUUU